CCGAGUAAAGAAUUUUUAUGGUGGGCCGUGUGUAAUAAAGGAUUUGAUAAUUUUUAAUAAACUGUAUAAUUCUUAUAGUACACAUUUUAUUGUAAAAUAUAUGUAAAUUUUAAAAACAUCGAAUAAAAUGACGGACAUAAUUAGAUCCAUUAUCAACGAACUUGCGAAAAAACCUUUCUCAAAGUCGUUCACCGUAAUCUCAUUCGACUCGUUGAAACCUGACCAACUUCUGCAGGUUUUAAACGAUGUCCUGGGUGAAAUUGAUACCGGAAAUAAGCUCGACAUUCGGGAGGAAGAUCCAGAACAAACCGUAAUUAGGAUGUUGAACAUGUUACGAGUUCUGAAAUAUAAACCGGAAGAAGACGACCCGUCCACUUUGAGAACAGGCCUGGUUUCCGGUAGUUCGAAGGUUAUCUACCCAAUCUUGGCGUGGCUCCUGCCAAGAGUCGCAGACUUGCAAGUGAGAGCAUAUUUGGCCAAAUUCUUGGUCAAGGUUGACAUCCCGCAAGAAAUUCGGGCGGACAUUGAUGUCGAAGAACUUUAUCAACAGUAUGAAGAGCGGAUAGAACAAUUCAAAAUUACACAUAAGCAACUCGAAGAAGUGAAACGAAAGGGUUUCACAACUUCCGAAAUCCGGAAAGACAUUGACGCCAUGGAACAAGAGCAAGAAAGCGUGUCCAGGAAAAUUGAGAAAUUGAAACAACAAGUGGAAGGGACGCCAAAUAUUGACCAGACGUUGGAAGUGGUGGGAGCAUUUCGGAAAGAGAAGGAAAAAUCGCGAGAGUUAUCUCAACAGCACAUCAGCCAAAACCAACUUUUGAACCAGGCCGAACAAAGAAUUCAACGUUUGCAGCGACAGGUCAAAGAAAUCCGGGCUGCAAACACGGGAGCAACGGCGGAAGGAAUCCUCCAACGUUUGGAGCAAGACGUCGACGUGGCGAAGUACAUCGUGAAUGACAAAUUACCCAAGGAAAUAGAAAUGCGGAAGAAAGAUUUAUUCAUUUAUGAAAGAGUUUUGAGCGACACGUCCCUCACCGCCCGGGAUUUGGAGGACAUCCGCGAUAAGAUUGACAAGGUCAAAUCCGACAUCAACGAAAUGAUCAUGAAACGCAUGAUGAAGUCGGAGGACAACAAUUUGGUCAUGUUUCGCCAGCAAGCGGCCAUCGUGGCGAACAAAAAGUCCUCCCUCGUCGAAAAGAUAAAUGAACAAAGGUCCGAAUUGAACGGAUUGAAGGAGGACGAGCAGGAUAAGAAGCAACGCCUCGGGACCUUGCAGGGCGACACAAUCGUCAAGGAAGACGACUUUAAGGAGUACGUUAAGAACUUGAGGAUUAAAAGUACCAGGUAUAAACAAAUGAAGGGAGAGAUAAGCUACUUGAAAUCCGAGUCUGGCGUUCUGAGUAAAACUAUUUUUAUUCUUGAAGAACAACUAAAGAGUUCCGCAGUGGAUGUCUCCGCUUUGGAAGCACGCCUUGGAAUUAAGGGGUUCACAAGUGUGCAAGGGAAUUUGGAAAAAGUGUCCACCGAUAAGGCCCGAGUGGAUGAGAAGAAGUCACAAAAUUUGCAACAAAUGUCUUCAACCGUGCAAGAAUUGCAUGAUCAAAUUGCUGCAAAAAAGGUGGAUCUUGCUCCUCUCGUUAAAAAUUUAAACAGUUUGCGACAACAAGCUCAAAUUCUGGGGCAUGAGCACGAUACCACGAAACGACGGUAUGACGGCAUCGUGUCCUCAGUGGACUCCAGCCUGGGGUCCAUUGUUCGUGAAGUCGAAUCCAUGCGAAAACGCUAUCAGGACGACCAACUACGAUAUUGCAAGCUGAAAUCGGAAAUAUCAAUUUUUAACGUCAAUUUGAAACGCGUUCAAGACGAACUUAAAAACUAUGCGGCUGCCGGAAGUAGUCACGAUCGUCAAAAGUCGUACAAAGAACAAUUGACGGCCAAGGUGUCGGACCAAGAACGAGCCGUUAAAAAUUUGAAGGGGGAGGAGAAAGAGAUCGCGGAGAAACAAACGGAACGGAUUCAACAGGCCGUCAUGUGGAGGGAUCUGGUCAAGGUUCUUCAACUCAAGAAACAACUCAGAGAAGGCAUAAUACAGGAAAAAUAGUUUUUCGACAUGUUCUGUGACCAUGUUCUGUCUGACCAAUGAAAAAGUUAAUCUAAUUAGCGUUUCAGUUUACAUUUCAAUUCACCAUUAAUAUUACUUAUUUAUUAGUGUAUUAUCUGCAUUUGCAUAAGUUAACAAUAAAUGACAAAUUAAACGAUAGAUAUGUAAAA